CUCAGCUAAAGUGACUGCCCCACUGUCACUGCCUCUUACUUAAUUUGUUGCUCUGUAACUCUGUGACUAACCAAGAAGUCGUCUUCUUUUUUUUUUUUUUUUUUUCCCCCCAAAGCUCUUUUUGGAUAAUUUCUUACAAGAGCCGACUUUUAAACACAUUUACUUUAUAAGAAGCAACAGAAAGGCAGCAUGUCAGCUGAAACACCAAUCACACUGAAUAUCGAUCCCCACGAUUUGCAGGUCCAAACAUUCACUGUAGAGAAGCUACUGGAGCCUCUCAUAAUUCAGGUUACCACACUUGUAAAUUGUCCCCAGAAUCCUUCCAACAGGAAAAAAGGAUGUUCCAAAAGAGCCAGAGUCCUUCUAGCUUCAGUGGAGGAAGCCACUUGGAAUUUACUAGACAAGGGAGAGAAGAUUGCCCAGGAAGCCACAGUGUUAAAGGAAGAGCUUGCUGCUACUCUUGAGGAAGUUCGCAAAGAAAGUGAAGCUCUGAAAGUAUCAGCUGAGAGAUUUGCAGAUGACCCCUGCUAUCUCCCGAAAAGAGAGGCUGUGGUUCAGGCCGCCCGUGCAUUGUUGGCGGCCGUUACCAGACUCCUUAUCCUUGCAGACAUGAUCGAUGUUAUGUGUCUCCUGCAGCACGUGUCAGCUUUUCAAAGGACAUUCGAGUCUCUUAAAAAUGUUUCCAACAAAUCUGACCUCCAGAAAACCUACCAGAAGCUUGGGAAGGAGCUGGAAAACCUGGAUUAUUUAGCUUUCAAACGCCAGCAGGACUUAAAAUCUCCAAACCAGAGGGACGAAAUCGCAGGGGCCCGAGCAUCAUUAAAGGAGAACUCCCCUCUCUUGCAUUCAAUUUGUUCAGCUUGUUUGGAGCACUCUGAUGUCGCUUCUCUCAAAGCCAGCAAGGACACAGUUUGUGAAGAGAUUCAGAACGCCCUCAAUGUCAUUUCAAAUGCUUCCCAAGGUAUCCAGAACACGCUGGCCGCACCGGAAUCUCAGGCUGCGACCCUGGGAAGUGCUCUUGAUGAGCUUGAAAAUUUAAUUGUCUUGGAUCCACUCACAGUGACUGAGGAGGAAAUAAGACCAUCCCUAGAGAAACGUCUUGAAGCCAUUAUCAGUGGGGCUGCUCUGUUAGCUGACUCUUCAUGCACAAGGGACUUCCAUCGGGAGCGGAUUAUUGCAGAAUGCAACGCCAUUCGCCAGGCUCUCCAGGACCUGCUGUCAGAGUACAUGAACAAUGCUGGAAAAAAAGAAAGGAGCAAUACCCUGAAUACUGCAAUAGACAACAUAUGCAAGAAGACAAGAGACCUUCGCAGACAGCUGCGUAAAGCUAUUAUAGAUCAUGUGUCAGACUCCUUUUUGGAUACAACAGUCCCACUUUUGGUCCUCAUUGAAGCUGCCAAGAAUGGCCGGGAAAAGGAAAUAAAAGAAUAUGCUGCAAUAUUUCGUGAACAUACCAGCAGGCUUGUAGAGGUGAGUGAGCUAGAAUUGUAA